AUGAGCCCAGCACCACACUCGGCGGCUUCAGUGUCCACACCCACCGAGGGAACCGACUCGCAUCAAGCACCCGAACCACAGAACGAGAAAUCAAGACCCGCAGAUGAUAUCGCCCCGACACCCGUGAUCAACUACAAUCAAGAGAUGGCAAAAUCAUACCAGGGACAGCCGGCCCAAGAUCUGAGUGGUGGCUUUGCGAGACAAUAUCCGGUGCACGCGCCGGACGACGUGAAGGGAUAUCCCGGACAGCCACAACCCGCGCACCACGACCCAUCACAGCAACAAUCGCCAUACUACCUGAACCAGCCGCAAUUAUAUUAUACGCCCUACGGUCCACCGAGUGGAUAUGCCACCGCAGCACCGUUGCAUGCGUUGCAGUCGGCACCUGCGCCGGUGGAUUGUCCUUCCUGUGGGCAUCGUGAGAUUACACGGACGGAGGCAGUAACGGGAAUGACGACACAUGGCUGGGCCGCCGUCCUUUGCUGCUGCUGCUGUCUCGGAUGCUUCCCUUACCUGCUGUCCUCUCUCAAAGACGUCGACCACUACUGCGGAAAAUGCGGCAUCAAACUCGCGUGCUGGCACAACAGUGGCCGGGUUCAGGUCAUGCAGACUGGACAAAACAUCGCCAGACCGGGACAGCCUCCGCAGCAUCUCCAGCAACCCCAGCCUGCGCAGGUUUCGGAAAACAAGUGA